AUGCACAUCACACCUGGGGGUGUUUUGUUUGUCGUCCCACCCAGGUACAGAGUGGUGGACAGCCCACCCCUCCAUAGGGAGUUUGCACGCAGUUUUAAGCUCCUCCCCCCUCAGUAUAACAAUAUCACCAAGGAAGACUACCGCCGCCUACUGGACAUCUACGGGACUCACUUCAUCAGGAAGGUGCAGCUGGGCGGCCGCGUGAGCAGCACCACCGCAUUCCGGUUCUGCCAGGCGGCGCUAAACGGCUACACUGAGACUGAGGUGAAAGACUGCCUGGAGACGGAGGCCUCUGCAGGCAUAAAAGCUUUUUCUGUUAAGGCUGAGUCUAGCUACUGCAAGAAUGCCAAGACAAAGCACAAUAUCAAGGAUAACUUCCACAGCCAGUUCACUGAAAGGAUCACCGAGGUAGAGGGCGGCCAGCACACGGUUUCUGACCUGCUGUUUUCAGACAAGCCUGAAGCCAUGCAGAAGUGGCUGGACAGCCUGAAGACCAUGCCGGGAAUCAUCACCUACUCUCUCCACCCCCUGCAUUAUCUGGUGCAGAAGCCAAAGACCAAAAAGGCGGCGCUGAAGAAGGCGGUGGAGGACUACAUCCUGGAGAAGGCCCUAUACAAGCACUGCUCCAAGAAAUGCUCAGGAGGUUCGACACCCAGCAAACAUGACCCCUGUCACUGUGUCUGUGUGGCCAGUGAACAAAACAACUGCAACUGCUGCCCAACUAGGCCAGGCCUGGCCCAAGUGACGGUUACGGUGAAGUGGGCCCGGGGCUUGUGGGGAGACUACAAUGGUGAGACCGAUGGCUUUGUCUACAUUGCUCUAGCUGACAAAAAUACCCAGACCAGGGUGAUCCACAACAACAAUAACCCGAUCUGGAACAGCGAGUUCUCAUUUGGUACCAUUCAGCUCUCACUGGACACAAAGAUGAGGCUGGAAGUGUGGGACGAAGACAAGAUGUGGUACAAAUGGUGGAACGACAAGCUGGGAGAGUGCACGAUCAAUCCUGUUAGAGGCUUCCAUGAUGAAAUCUGUCCACUGAACCAUGGCAAUCUCUACUACUCCUAUAAGGUGGAGUGUGCUCCUGGGCUCAUGGGAGAGCGAUGCAGAGAAUACGCCCCUUCUCCUAUGAACCCCAGACUGGCCGACCUUUACACCUCCCGGAAUGCCUUCAACAUCACGCCCGUUCUCCUGGAGCGCCUCAGAAGGGGGCAGUCCAUCGAGGAUCCCCUGCCGUUUCUGUUAUCCAACAGGAGUGAUAAUAAGAUGCUGGGCUCCUCAGGUGGAGAUACUCCUCAUGCUCCUGCUGAGCCCUAAGGGAGGAAGAGAUGCACGCCACAAUGAAGAUGUACAGUAGUAGCUGCUUUAGCUGUGCCUUUUCUGCCGCUGUCCAUGCAGCCAAUCCACUCAGCUCAUCAAGCUUGCAUUUCUGAGA